AACUUAUUAAAUAGUUAGCUAAUGAUCUGAAAUGCUGAGAAGACCUUUUUGGGCACUUGCUCUGAAAUGCAGAUUCGGUGUCACUAAUGGCGUUACUAAUGGAUUAUAUGUAGAUAACUGUGUAUACUGUUGUGUUCGGAAUCUCAAUUCAACUUCUGGUGAUUUUCAUGUUAAGUCUACAAAAUGUUCUUACUCCACUAGCGUGAUAGCCAAGGAGCAGAAUGACGUCAGCAUCUCUGACUUGCUAAAAGCACACUCUGAAAGUCAAAAAAGAGCGCAUGUGUUCAGAGAACCUCAAACAAGAUCUACUGUAGAAACAUUUUCAGAUGUGUUGUGGUCAUUUGAUAGGAGGAAAGGUAAAAAGCCAAGUGAACCUGAAGUUGUUUUGAAGUCUACCUUCGACGAUGUAGUAUCAUUAUCAGAAAAUCUCAAAGCAGAUACUAUCAAGAUUGAUAUUGCCGACAUUCAAAAACUGGGACAGUUUUUGUACUGGAACCCUACUCAAAUUAGAAAGGCCGUCAAAAUGCUGAAGUCGAUUGAAAAGAACUUCUCCCAAAUUCCCCAAUCGUCUCACUUCAGAAUAUCAUUACAGCCGGAAAUUACAGAAUGCAAAGAUCUAGUGAUUGACAGGGUUUGUGCGAAUCGGUGUGCGAAGAUCUUCAAGGAACUGAUCUCGGACAGUGAGACUAUUGUGAAUUUAUUCGAAGAUGCAGACUUGGAUAAGUUUAAACAUUUUGUCUAUCAGUUUGAUCAACUGGAGCUGGACGAGGACUUCUCAAUCCACAAUCUGUCUGUGCUGAUUGAUAAGUUCCAUAAUUUGGUCAACCAGGAGUCAUCAUUUGUCAAUCCCAGCCCCCAUAUGAUUCAGCUGAUUGAGAAAUCCACAUUGAAUGAGCGGGUAUCUCUACUGGACUACUUGGCCAAAAUAUCCUGCAGAUCCCUCACUCUCAUCUCAGCCAUCUGUGCCUCCUUCCUCUCUCCUAUAGCAGAAACGGGAUUGGACCAUCGAGAGGAGAAGAGACUCGCCAGGCCCAAACUGAGAUCCAUCUGCUACAGUCUCAGUAUGCUCAACUAUUAUGACGAGAACCUGCUCAACAGGGCGGCAGAGGCCUUCUUGUAUGAUCUGAACGAGACGGAUUCGAUCACGCCUCAGAUGGCAACUUCCUUCCUCACUCUGUGCCGCAAGAUGCACUUCAAGAGUGACCCAAUAAUACAGGGAGUGGCAAAUGCAAUGGUGCCUCUCAUGGUCAGAUUGAGAGAAGACAAUUCUAUGGACAUACAGAAGACACAGGAUAGAAAGUGUUUCGCAGAGUUCAUUAAUUGCCUCGCCAGCUUCAACGUGUCUCUUGAUGAUCUGAGCGUUUCGCCAGAAACUGGCAGAAAUUUGUCGGAGAAUUUCACUCUGAAAAAUUUGAUCUCGGACUGCGUAACAAAACAAUGCGAUAGUUCGGAAAACCUCACUUUCUUUAAAUCAUUAGUGCUGCUCAACAUGUUAACGGAAGAGCACUUCCAGACAGUCAGACCUCACAUUGAAGCUGCAUUCAAGAUUACAGAGGAUGACCUGGAUGGUGCAUCAGACACCUUUGCUCAAUACCAGCGCUUCUGUGCUCAGAUGAUUCUGGCCGAAGGCUGUCUCAGCCGACUCCCCUCUGCUCUCAAUCUGCGCCUGGUGCUGAAUGAGUCUGUCGAGGAUCUGGCAGCUGUGAAACAGUCUGAAGUGGUGUUGUCCGAUGCUCAUGUACAUGCACGACAGUUCUUCGAGGAAGCGGCCGAUAAAUUGGGUUUGGAGUUCGUGCCCAGUGCUCAUGUAGGAUUGGGAUACAUUGCGGAUGCUAUUUUGCUGCCAAAAACGCUGUGGAAUGAAAUUGACGCCAAACAAAUAGUUGUCGACUGUCCGUCACUGUAUGACAGCGUGAAUAUGUUCGAGGAGUUUCGAGGAGAGAAAUUGAAACAAUUGAGACACCUGAAGCAACUGAACUGCUUAUUGUUUGUAGUGGACCCACUGCACUGGUCUCAGCUGCAGGACUCGCAUGAAAAGAUGCAAUAUCUAGAGGCUAAAUUCAACAUCGAACUCGAAAAUAUUUUGAAGCCUCAUUUCAAAAGUUUUCAGUUCAAGUCUUUAUAGCCAAUCAUUUCAAUUUAAUUUUUUUUUUCAGAA